UACGAACUGCGGGACGGAACGAAUGACGAACGAUGAGAAAGUGGUAGGUACGGAAGCCCGCAUGGGAAAGGGAUCACCGUGACUUGUAACCGAUACCGUCCGUUACACCUUUACCAGUCCGUGUAGAGGGUUCCUGCCUUUUUCUCCUCCUUUCCCUUUUUCUUGUUCUUUCUCUGUUCAUCCCCGAUAUUCCAUUCCUUUUUUUUCUUUUAAUCUUCCUUCGUUAUCUCCUUCCUCUGCCAAGGCAAAAGGCACCCCAGACCCUACCCUACUUACUUGCAGCUCAAGAUCGCGCCUCUGCGUGAACCCAACGUUCCUUGGUUACGACUGCUUCGCUCGCUCACUCUUGCAUCUUCAAGACUCGACACUCCUCGACAUCACUGGGGGUUCAUGUCACUGGAAGUUCAAAUGUCGAAACCAUGACCAUGAAGGUACUACUAUUCCAGCGUCCAACUCGGGGUUUCUCCAUCAUCGUCACCCUCGUCUUCAUCGUUGUUCUGUGGAGCAUCGCCCGACUACGUCAUCAUGGCUCUCUACUACCGACCACCUUUGACAAGUGGGGAGGCAUAGGGGAGUGGAAAGGGCAAGGAGGAGGAGGAGGAGGAGGAGGAGGAAGAGGAAGAGGAGGGAGCAACCCGCCGACACCAGCAGACCAGACCACUCUGAAAGGCGCACAACGACCUUACAGACCCAAGCUCGAACCAGGCCAGUGUCCCAAGGACCUCGAGUUCCUACGUCGCCCCGAGCUUGGCUUAACCGACAACAUCCUCUACUCGCGCCGCUGCAUAAAGCCCGUCUACAAGGCCAAUUUCGACCGCAGCGCCAUCACCAACGUCGCCGGGCCACUCGUCACCAACACCACCUCCCUCGAUCUCACCUCGUGCUCCCACGAUGAGCCCAUCCCCUGCGAGCCGCUUGCCCUCGAGGUGCCUAUGCCCUACCCCAAGGACGCCCAGUACCCGCACCUGCUUUUCGGCGUCGCCUCCAAGUAUCAGCGCAUGCGCGAAGCCAUUCCGGCCUUCGCCCACUGGCUAGCCGGCACGGGCGCCCGUCUGGUCGGCACCAUCGCCGACGCCAUUCCUCCCGAGCACCAAGACGACAGCACCCGAAACUCGUUCAACCUAACCUUACUUGAAGAGGAAUACCGCGCCGCAGGCAUCAUCGCCACCUUCGUCCCUCCCAAGGUCUUCAAGCGUCUCAACCUCAAAGACGGCAAACCCGACCCUCGUCCCGUGCCCGUCGAGCACCACCACUUUCUCGUCAUCAAGGAACUCCUCUCCGUCAUCGACUCGUCCCAGUCACCCCAGCCUCCGCAGUGGCUCGCCAUCCUAGACGACGACACCUUCUUCCCCUCCCUUUCCCCUCUCUCCCAAACCCUUUCGCGAUACGACCACACCCGUCCCGCCUGGCUCGGCGCUCUAUCCGAUGACUUCAUGGCCGUGCAAGCCUGGGGCUUCAUGGCCUUUGGCGGCGCCGGCUCCUUUUUGUCUUUGCCCCUAGCGCGACAACUGGCACCCCACUUGGAGCAAUGCAUCACCACCGCCUCGGUCCAAACCGGCGACGGAAUCUUGCGGGAUUGCAUCUACUCGCACACACGAACCCGACUGACGCUGGUGGAGGGGCUGAACCAGCAUGAUAUCAAAGGGGACCCCUCAGGUUUCUUUGAGAGCGGCAUCUGGCCGGUGCUGAGUCUGCAUCAUUGGAAGAGUUGGUACCACGCGCCGGUGGCCAAGAUGGCGAGGGUGGCCAAGGAGGUUUGUGGAGAUUGUUUUUUGAUGAGGGUUCGGUUCGGGACUGGUUCUUCUUCUUCUUCUUCUAAAGACAACAAGAAAAGGAAAGAGGAGGAAAGUCUGCUGAGUCUGGGGUAUUCGAUUACGCAAUACCCUGGCCUUGCCAAUGGGCUCGACGACAUUGACCUCUCAAGGGUGGAGGGAACGUGGAAGGAGGCGGAACGGAAGGAGAAGUGGGCGUUUAGUUAUGGUCCGGUCAGGAGGAAGUUGCAGGUGAAUAAGGAGAAGAAGAGUUGGAGAUUGGUAGAUGUUGAUGUUGGGGAGGAGGAUUCAUCAUCAUCACCGUCAAAGCCACCAUCACAGUCUACGACCAAUAAGAAAGAGGGCGGAGGGCCAAAGGAAGGCAGAGCAUGGAUAUCACCAAGGAAGGGUAAGAAGAGGUUCAGACAGAUUUAUGUGCACAAAGCUGCUGGACCGGCGGUGGGCGAGAGCAUGGAUGAGGUGAUUGAGUUGGUUUGGGAGGUUUGAGGUCGAUAUGAAGACGAUAUCUCAUCUCUACAACAUCUAGAAGGACUGUACAUUUUCAGUUUUGGGGGCUACGCAUUAAUCGGGAUUUCAAUUCAUUAAGCCGGCUGGCUUGGCAUCAUUGGGUUGGUUGGGAAUGGCGGCAUUGGGUAUGCCGAACGGCUACAUCAUAUCAUGGAAGGCGGCGUUCGACGGAUUGUUUUGUUUCAAUGUAAAUGUAGACAACACCUUGCAGAUGGGUUGAUGACCCAGAAAUGGUCUUUUCGAGAGUUGAUCCUAGUCAGGACUGACGUUACGCCAAAAUUCAAGGAGC